AUGGUGGGGAUCCUGUUGACGUGCGGCGCCGACGCCAAAGCCAAGAGCAAGGUUGGUCUCACCCACCUGUCCGGAGCUCUCGAGUCUUGUCGCGGUGCAGUGACGACCUGGGAUAUGAAUCCACAGAAUGGCUUGACGCCACUGCAUUGUGCCUGCUACAACGGUCACCUGGAAGCGGCCAAGAUCCUAUUGGGGCUUGGCGCUGAUGCUCGAGCCACCCCCGAUGUGCGAUGGGACUUUGCCCGUGAAGAAGGCGCACGAACCCGCCUCGUUCGCCCCAUCAUUUCAAUGCCCCCAGGCCACGCCAUGGUCAACGAGGAAAUUUGUGGCCUCCAGUUUGACGUCGGGGACCCCAUCCCUCCAACGGGGCAAUGGUCUCGCACCGGUCCAGGCGGAAACUGCUACGACGUUGAGUCGGGCGGUAUUUGGUAUGCCUAUAACUACCCUUUUGGCUCCUCCUCAAAUGUGGGCUACGAACGAUAUGAGACGACAACCCUUUAUUUCAUCAUUGACACCAACAACAAGCUCUCCUUCAUCGUCAAUCUCGAUCGCCCCGGCAACGAAGAUGGCGGACGCCUGCGCCUCGCCAUCGAGAGCCCAGACCUGGGAACCGCCAAUGGAGGCCCCGGCGGCACGGUAUCCGUGCGUGAUGAUGAUACUGGCAUGUCCAGCGAUUGCUCCGAGGCUACCAAUGAUUGCUAUCAAUGGGACCCGGUCUCUGCCACCGGCCUCAUGCAAUGGGCUUGGGCCACCUGCUGCACGGACGGCAUGGUGCUUUCAAAUCUUCCCAACAAGGACUUUACUUUCAACAUGAAAAUCAGUGGGGUCACUGGGCUUGACAGCUACCGCUUUGGCUCUCUGGCCGCUGAUAGCACCCUGGAAUUUGUUGAAUUCGAUACGGCGACAUGUGGCGAGUGCGCCAACGUUGACGGCUGUGGCUGGUGUGCUUCAUCUUCAACCUGUGUCAUGGACGACAAUUUGGUCAACGGAUGUGCAACAGAGGCGCUCUCCAAUAACGAAUGCUGCCCCAUUUGCAGCACCUUCAGCUCCUGCACUUCCUGUCGACAAGUUGAGGGGUGUGGUUGGUCCUAUGAUCUGGGCGAGUGCCUCUCUGGUUGGACCGAUUCUGGCUACUGCAAGGCCACCAACUGGGCCAUUGCCAUCAAUACGGGCUCGACACCCACCUGUUCUCGUCCUCCGGGAGCCGUUCUCGAUCCCGUUGAUGCUGCCAACCAGGCCGUGCCGUCUGCGGACAACACGCGUGUGUUAGCCUGGUGCUCUGGCCACGGGACGCCAAACUUUGCCCGAUCCACGUGUACCUGUGACACUGGUUACUGGGGCAGUGACUGUAGCAACGAGGUUUGCGGAGGUCAUGGAACAUGCAAUGUCUUCACGGGACAAUGUGCCUGCGAGCCCUGCUACGAGCCCGACGCAAACGGCGUGUGCGUUGCCAAGACGUGUGCCGGUCCCUGCCAAAACUACGGUCGUUGCGCUUGCAAUGCCACUUCUGGAGAUAUGGAGUGUGCCUGUAUCGGCAACUUUUACGGUCCCACCUGCGAGAAUUGUGCCUGCCAGUCUUCGAGACCCCUGUUGACCAUUGACGCCGCGCCGGCCCAUGUCGUAUCAUCGCGCCGCUUCCUCUUCUCCCAUCUUCUUCAGCAAUUGUUUGCCGAGUCUCUCGUGCCGCGCCUCAUCCUGGCCUUGCUUGCUGCUGUCUUAGGCUUUUAUGGGGCCCUUUGUAAUAAUCCAGUGCCUGAAGUUCAUGGAACCGUCGACCCCAUCGUUGUUACGCUGGGCAGUGGUGUCAUGCUCAUCGAUGUGGCCGGCGUGGACUUUGCCAACACUGCCAAUCUCACUUGCCACUUUGAAGAGACAGCCAGCCACGCCGCUCGCGUGGCCUUCACCACGAUGGCCAUUUUCGACUCUGGCAAUCUGGUGCAAUGCCUGCUUCCAGACGGCAUCACCCGACCCAUGACCCUCAAUGUGACCGUCAGCAAUGAUGGCGCACGCUUCAGUUCCGUGGCACAAGAGCUCCGCUACGAGCUCGUGAAUUGUCUAGAGCCCCCGUGUGCACUCUUCAAUCUGUCUUAUCAUGUCAACGAGACUCUGGAGCCGGCCUCGUUCACCUUGGACGCCGACACCAUGCCGUUGGUCCGCCGCGUACGCAUUCGCGGCCCUGCAGACAACUCUCCCGCCGCAGCCUACUUGCCCGCGGUCCCUUCGUUGCUCGCAGGUGGCCUCGACCUGCUAUGUCGGCUGCAGCGACCCUCCGAUGGUGCCUUUGUGGUUGUAUCAGUCACAAAUGCCACUUAUAGCGAGGCAGACGGUCUCUUGCUUUCUGUGGAGCCGCGCACCGUGUUUGCCGGCCCAGUCGACCAGGUUUUUGAGAACAACAACACCUUCACACUCUUUCUGGACUCUCAAGCCACUGCCCCCUGUGCGGAUGGCUCUCCCUCGGCCCGCUCGACGGGCCAUUGUGCGGCCAAUCAGGCUGCCGAUUGCGCUCUACGCAACGAGGCAGAUCAGUGCUACACGCUCCCCCGUUGUCCAGGGACCAUGAGGCGCACCCGCCUUUGGACGUGCGAGGAGGCGCACAUUCCAACCCAGGCUUUGCAAGUCGCCGUUAUGGCGCCUGAUAUGAACGAUGCACUUGCGCAAGUGCGCACCUCAAUUCGCAUUGAAGCCUCGGAGGCUGCCACCACGCGCGUCAUCUUGUAUAGGGCCACCGAGCUGCUGUCGAGCCCCACCUGGCUCAGGACGGCCCAGUUCUUGCUGGAAACCACCACUCAUCUCAAUGCCGAAGGUCGUGCGGUUGCUCUCUUUCCUGACGUGGCCAUCAAUACAACGGGUAUAUCGGGUCUCGUGGCCGUUCCUGCCACCUGGAGCCGCAUCUUCCCUGAAUUUGCCCUCUUCAUGCGCCUGGACGAUGUCUUGCUUGACAGCAGCGCCGAGAGCAGUUCCCUGCGCCACCUGUUCCCAGAUACACGCGUGCUGUCGCCUGCCAUCAGCUGGCCCAUCAACUGUAGCGCUGUGCCUUGCCACGCGCUGCGUGCCGAGCAUCAGGGCUUGGUGGUUCUAGGCUUUAAUCGUUCCCUCACUCGACCCAGGGCCAAUGCCUCGUUCGCCUGGCAGCAAGUGGUCGGGCGGGUCAUCUCCAACGGGAGCGAUACCUUGUUUCAGCCCGUGCUCCUCGCCGACGAGAAUCUGGACAUGUCCUCGGAUGUCGUCCUGGCGGACAGCGCAGUCAUUGUGGUGCAGCUGCCAGCCCAGGGGGCCGUCCGUACCAGCUGUGCGGCUGCCGGCUUCAUGACCGUCGUUCAGGGCGAGGGCAGCCUGCAGUGUGUUUUGGCCCCGCCUCCGGUUACGCUUGAUCAGCCCAAUCUAGGCCUCUUGACCGACCUGCCAUGCCCUGCGGGAACUCUCACUUCGGAGGCUGGCGUGUGCCAGCUGGCGGAGCCAGCCGUUGCUCGAGCUCAGUUGACUUUGGGGCCCGACCGUGACGCUCGGCCCGGCUGGUGCGGGAUUGAUGUGGCCGUUGCGGUCCAGGCAACCAAUGUCGCCUGGAUUAUCCUGGUCCAAAGCUCCAGCGAGGCAGCCGCCAUGCAAGUAUAUCUGGCCAACACCACGGUCUCUGUGCGGCUGCCAUACACGGGUGGUCUCACAAACCUGUCGCUACCUUCGAUGCGUGUCGCUCUGGGCUUGCAUGUGGUUUUGCUUUUGGAGUCGUAUGAUGGGCAGCUCGUUCUUGUUCCCUCAAAUCUGUCGGCGGGUGUCGAAGAGGUUGCGGUUGACCAGGUGAAUCCCACGGCACACGGUGAAUUUCGAGUAUUUUGGGAUCCUGCAUUGGCCCCAGCCAAUGCUCACGGACCUUUUCAGCCGGGUGCUUUACUCGCGGAUGCUGCCACGGCCGCCAAUGUGAGCACGCUCACGGUUGGACUGGGGGAUCCUGCAGAUCCACUUGUUCACUUGGCCCGGCUGCUCGUGCUGGACAACAGUACCUUGCGGCUCAGCAACGAGCGCGGCGAGGCGCUUUUGUACAACCUGGAGAGCAUCUCAUGCGGGCUGGAAUCCUGCGUUCUGAAUGUGACAUCACUCGUGGCCUAUGAUGACCUUUUCUCUCUCAUUUUCCUCCCUGGAAUGCCUGUGCACCUGUCUUUUGGUUGGGCAUCCAAUUUGGGCUGUCCUGAGGGCGCUACCUUGACUCCAUUUGGCUGCCGGACAGCUGUUGCCGUGGGUGUUGCCUGUGCAUCGGGAGCGCUGCGUGUUGGCAAUGAUUGCUAUGCAGCAACCCGCUGUCCGGGCUUUUAUCGCCGCGACCCUUCAACCCGACGCUGCGUGCCUGCGUUGGUCGGUCAGCCUGCGUUUUCGCUGAGCGCCCGCCCGAACUCGGGCACCCUCGACCACGAUGAGCUUGCUGGCCAUUUCAACUCCACACUAACCAUUGAGCGCCGGGGCGACGCGCGCAACAUGACUGCCCUGGUCUUGGGCUGGGCUACAGCCGACGUCUUGGCCCUCGCUGAGAGUGGCGCGUCCGCUGCCACCUGGGCUAGCCUAUUGGUGCCCAUUCAAACUGUGCCGGCCGAUCAACUUGAAGACGUCAACAUUCUUGUUUCAGUCGCAGCCGCCAUCCCAUCGGGCGCCGUGGCCAUCUGUGUCCUGCCUUAUACGGGGGCUGUGGCUGUAGAGGCAAAUCUGCUCGUCUGGCCCGUCCGAGACCGUCAACCCAGCGUGCUCGUCUCCGUCGUGCCAUUCACUUUGGCUGCUCCAGACCAUGGCCAACUGGUGCCAACCUUUGCCAACGACCGGUCGUCUAAUCUGGCUGCCCUGCGCUCACUGCAGGGUUGGCACGAUGAGCUUGCCCCGCUGGUGGCCGAGCUGCGUCUGGCUGUGGCACAAGUAUGGGCCGAACUUGAAGGCCGCGAUUUGGUGGCGUUACACGCCGCUCUGUUUGACAUGCUGGGCUCGGCAUACGAUUUGACUCUUGCUGAGUUGUCAAGUGCGGCAUAUGAAAUGUUGGCUGGAUCUGCUCAUGUUGAGGCGCUCGGACCCCUCACUGCCCUGGCUGGUCCCGUGCAAGUUGUUGUUGAGCAGGAGCUCGCAACCUUGGCUAGCACAUGGCGGCCUCGCUUUCCCCUGGUGUCGCUGCAGGGUCAUGGUGCUGUUGUGCAAUUGCGCGUGCUGGCCGUGAGCAUCAACAGCGAUACGCCCUCGCAGUUUGAGCUUGCCGUUCGCCUGGCCGACUCUACCUUGGGCUCAUUGUCGCCGAGCGCGCUCGGUUGGACUCGCGAACGCAGCUGGCAGGUCGAUUUUAGCGUUGAUGGUGCCUGCGGUUGUACCGGUGCGCAAUGGUCUGCUCAUCACGGUGGCUGUGUUGAUGCUCCCGCCCACGUCGGCGCGAGUGAGCAGACUAGCUGUGCUGUGGGCUGGCGGCCAAUUGCCCGAGCCGAUGGCGGUUUGGGUUGCCUUCUGACGGCAGUGCCGGUCUUCUCGGCCGGAUCAGUGCCUGGUUUGGACGCUGCACCUGGUAUUGGUGCCCUGGACCUUGACGUGAGCCACACAACAGUGACCGUGGCCUCUGAAGCCAGGGCGUCUGUGUCUUUUACAGUUGUCGCGCCUCGCGUUGCACUCGAUGCUGGUGUGCGCUUCUACCAUCUAUACCUGCAAGCAGGAGAAGUAAACGCGGGGGCUGUAGGGCCCCAGCUGGCCCUCACACUGGAUGUGGCCGGCCAGCUUCUGACCAACACUUCUCGAGCCCAUGGACCCAUGGUUUCCAUGUCGCCCGGUCAGCUGAUCAACACGACACUGAUUACCGUGUCCGUCCAGCUCACUGACUGGCAGAUUGAUCUGCUGCCGUACCUGGUUGUGGUCCCAGUCAAUGGUCAGGGCAUCGAGGCUUGGAGCCGUGCUCGCCGUGCUCGCCUUCCUACAACCUUACAGGAAGCGGCGAGAGCCGCCGGCCCCGUGCAGGCAGUGGCCACUUGGGUCGGUACGGCUUUGCCGCCCGACAACGAUGCGUCAUGGACGCCCCCAUCGAUGCGUCCUGGGUCAUGGGCUUGCGAUAGCACGCUGCUGGCCAAUCUCUCGAUCAUUUACCUUUCGGUACUCGACAUGGACGGACACAAUCAAAGUACGCGGCUGCUGGACGCAGCUGCCAGUGCGAUGCAGCCGAGCCACAACGCUUCCUCAACUUUGGGCCGCCUGUACCUUCAUCAUCCCACGACGCUGCAACAUUUUGUGUUCAUGAUUACAGCCGUCGUGUCCUCUGCAGAGGGCAACGUUUUGGUGUUACACGUCCAACGUGCCUCGGAGUUUGUGGGUGAUCUGACUCGCUUCUUGGCCAUCAGUGGAACUGUGCGGUUCUCCUUUCAUUCGGCCAGCUCUGGCCAGUCAGGGCCGGCAGGCUGUGAAACGCCCACAUUUGGUGGCUGCGCGGUCUCGCCCACGCCUUGGGCUCCUGGGCUUCCUGCUCUGCGCGCUGUGGCUCCUAUCGACGGUACCGCCUCGGAAUUUGUGCACACGGGUCGUCUGAACUCGCUUCAAUUUGCGGAGUAUCGUGUAUCAUUGGCCGGUGCGGCCGCUUGGACACCGACUGCCAACAGCACCGCCACCUUCUCGACGGCAUCGUUGAGGGCGCUGGUCGCCUCGAUGCAGCAGUUCACGACGCUCGUGCCUGGUGUCUGGCAAGCACUGACCGGGGCUCGCAGCAGCUUGGCCCGAGCCUUGCAGCACCUCAUGGACUCGGUUGAUGCCUGUGCAGGGCAAGGUGUACAGGUCAACGGGGUGUGCGUGAAGCAGCGACUGUGCGAGGGCCUGUGGGGAAUUGAUAGCGCCGGUGUUUGCCGUCCACCGCUUGUGGCCAUUCGGGCCGUCAGCACAAGUAGUACCACGCUGCGCGGUAAUACCACGGACAUGCUUGUGACGUGGGGUAGCGACAAUCCGUUGGCUGCCAGCUUGGCUGCUGAAGACGGCGCUUUUGAGGUCUAUGCGUGUGACGCCUUCAUGGCCUGCGACGUCAAGGUCUAUCAGGCUUCAGUACUGAUUGAAGGUCUCGUGGCAUUGGUAUCAGCGCAGCAGCACCGCUCAACGCUCGGUGCAACACUUGAGCUUGCGUUUUACUCUUCCUUGGUGGGCGGGCCCACGACAACUCAAAGUGUGCCACCAGCGUGGGAUGUGGCUCGCCUCUUCUUGCAUCGUCACAUUAUUCGCGGAUCGAGUUUGGUGCUUCCACUGGGCACGCGCCGGGUGGUUGUCGUUCUCAACUUGCGUGGUGUGGGCCUGGUCAGCAACACCGGCGACAUCACGAGUCUGUUGGGUGAUCCUUUGGGUCAGGUGCUGACGGGGAGCGUCGUGCAGCGCAGCGACGACGUGCAUGGCGAUGGUGUCGAAGUCCUUCACAACAUGACAGCGGCCAACGAGGGAAACGCCUCUGAGACUUUGUGGAUUGACUCGUGGGCGCUCGCUAAUCUGUCAGCAGUGGUACUGCGAACCAACUCAAGCUCGAGGCUCGACGCUCUGGUGGAAAUUAUUCAGCUCUACUUGACGGGUCGCCAUCCGCCACUCGUGACCAUCACCAACCGUGCAACAAAUGUCACUGUUACGGCCCAGUUGGCGGGUGUGGCAAGCGACACGACGACAGCCCGUCAAGCCGCCGCGACAUGGCUGGUCUUUGAGCUUGGCGCCAUUGUGGACGGACCAGAAGUCGUGACUCCGGGACCUUGGGCCGUGCAGGUAUAUGCCCCCGCAAGUACCGUCAACGGAGUGCCCGGCUCCAUUGGGGGUUCUGGUCAGGGCUCCACGGGCUCUGGUGGUGAAGGCAACGGUAGUGGUGGUAGUGGCGGCGGUGAUGUAGGCGUGCAGGUGCCUGCUAGCCCACAGGAGGCAGCCGUCACCGGCAUCUACAUUGGCAAUGCACUCAGCCAGGCAACGGUGGACCCAAUGGACUUGGCUCAAUGGCGGGCCUCGUCUGUGACCAUGGGAUACACGGCCCACGUCCUGAACAUCAGUGUGCCAAGCACCAUUUCGGUACCCUUCCUGACGGAUUAUCUCCCAGCUCGGAUUCUAGAGGCGCAGUUGGCCGGUGACGCGCCGUUGCCACGCUUGGUCUUGGAAUCGACUUUACGCUACUGGACCUUCCGUCUUGUCAACCUCAGCACGGUUGCGGCGGGCACGCCCGCGGCUGAGAAUGGCCUGAUCAACUACUUGGUGGCGCUUCGACCACUUCAGAACGUUUCAUCUUCGGUGGACUUCUUUCCUGUUGGGACGACAGUCAGUCUGAGCAUCGACGAAACCAACGAUGCCUCGACCGGCAACAACGCAACUGACACGGGCUCGCAAGCCGACGAUGCUGGGGAGCAGCGCUGUCCUGUCGGCACCUUGCUGACCAGUGAGGGCACCUGCUUGUCGUCCAUCGAAACUGGCACGUGCGAGGCAACCGAAACGUGUACUGAAGCCCUCCCUUGCCCUGGCUUUACUGUCAACGUCUCCGGUGUCUGUCAGGCUGUUCCCGUGAUCUUUGACGUGCAGAUGGAGCGCGAUGCUAGUGGAGCCAUGUUCUCAGUUUUGGCCGGCUUUUCUCUGCAACUCGUCAAUCCGGAUGGACAGACGCGUGGCGCCGUCUACAUUGGCACGGCAGCCCGGCCCUUCGUGCGCCUGGCCACUUUCACGUUGGGUCCCUACUUUGAAUUGGGUGCACGCUUGGCCUACGCUCCUGACCUCACCCACCUGUGGUUCAUCCCACUGGCGGACGACGAUAGCCUCGUGUACCGCAGUGGCACUACCGUGCGUUUACUGGACACCUGGACAGCCACCUGGUCCUUUGAUGAAGCCACUUCCUUUUUAUUCGAUGAUGGAGUGGUGCGCGCAAACGCGGCGCGCAUCGAAGAGACUUCUGAACUGGGCGUCGCCCUGAUUGACGCUUCUGGGCUGGAGGUAGUUCGGGCCCUCGAGGCGGUGAAUGCCGCGCUUGAUGAUGUUCCGGCCUACGUGAUUGUAUCCAAUCCUGCCGGAGCCGCGCUCUCCUACCGUGUUUUCGCGGUGACCCUCACCAGUACCCACGCAGUCAUCAGCGUUCGCGUCGAGGGCAAUCAGGCUGGACCGUUGUGGCGCUUUACCACGUCAGGCGCCAGCCUGGAUCUCACGUUCACAUUUGAUGGGACGGUGGCCACGUGCCCCGAGAGUAAUCUCACUGUCUUCAAAGACAGCGACUUGGGCUGUGUCACCCUGCCCGGGGCAUGUGCACUGACGCCGACAAGCGCCUUGUGCACGAGCCUGCUGUCCGAAUUUGAAACUCGUGCUGCCGAAGAGGACAGCUCGCUCUGUCCGGGCACCUUGUCCUGGUUACCCACGUUGCGCGUGUGUGGUCAUUUUGUUGACUCUACGCCCACGGCCGCGGUUCCUACUGUGUGUCCGGCCAACAUGACCGACCGCAGCCUCAGUUCCCCUGGAAGCGCAGCCUGCGUACCCAUGGCUUGCGACUCUGUGUAUCAGCUGGAUCAUGCUGCUGAGUUGUGUGUGGCCACCGAGCCUUGUCCAUAUCUGCAAGAGCGCGCGGUUGAUGGAAGCUGCCGUUUCCAAGUGCCUUCAACGACUUUGGAGGGCGGUCAAGUAUCCUGUGAGCGGGUCACUGGAGCGCUGGCGACUAAUUGUCGCUUGACGUGGUCACUGGGGGUUAGCUCCGGUGACGUCGAAUCCCAAAACGUGUACGUGUUUCGGACCAACUCGGCGCGGCGUCGUCGCGACGGCCAGGAGAAUGGUACUUUGGUUGCCGAGUUGAGCAACUCGACUGAGAGCUACACUCUCGACAUGCAAGGCGACGUCCGUCUUGUCGGCAUCUACCCUGCCAAUACAGGCGGCGAAAACCGAGAGGGGGGCGUCGAGUUUGACAUGGAGACGCUAUUUUCGGUGGCGCGCGAACGGGAGAACACGGAAGCAGCGAGCCAGAACGGCUCGGCCAGUGGCGAUGCGUUGAUCGUUGCUCUGGCAAUUGCCAUACCCUUGGCCGUCUUGAUCUGUUGUCUUGUGGCAGUGUGUUGGUAUCGCCGCCGCAAGGACAAUGCUCGACGCGUGGCUGCGGACAAACAAAGUCAAGCCAUGCUUGAGGACAAUCGCACCUUGUUCAAUCCCUUGUAUUUUGGAGGUGCACAGGAGGAGCCCAAUCCUUCCAUUGGCCUGUACGGCCAAGUUUCUGCCGCCGAUGCCGCCUGGGACGAGGACGUGGACUUUCAGAUCUUUGACGAGGAUGGCAAUUACCUCCAAGUUGGUGAGGAUGCAGACGAAUCAAGCAGUGGUGCCGAGCCUCAGCAGGCUGGCUACUUUGAUCCCGCACCCAUCGUCCCUGCACCGCAAGCAAAGGAAAGCGUCAUUUCAACCUGGUUUACGGCUCCGGGCGACGAGGCCCCGGCGCCAUCUGCCGAGGAAGCGAGUGAGGACAUUGUGAUGGAUUUGGACGCCACCGCUGAGGCCGAUGGCAUUCAAAUGCCGUCUGUAUAA